AUGUAUGAACAAGAAUUUGAAAAUAUUGGUCCUCCAGGGCCUGUUGAAGACCAGGUAAGAACACCAAUUACAAAAACUGUAAGGAAUUUAAAGAGAAAAGGUACCAGAACUGAUGUGCUUGAAAUGAUAAGAAACGACAAACAAAAAUUUAAUGAAAGUUAUUUAAACAUUCAAAAUUCAAAAAUUGUUGAGCGAAAAAGAAAAAACGAUCUGCUUGAAGAAAAAAAUAAACUACUUAAUCAAUAA